AUGGCCGAUUCCAGGAAGGUGGGGGUGUUGGGUGGUGGCCAACUUGGCCGCAUGCUCAUUGAAGCCGCGAACCGAUUGAACAUCCAAGUCAACGUCCUUGACGCAGCAGCGUCACCGGCCAAACAAAUCUCAGCACAUGAGGGGCACAUCGAGGGCUCUUUUAAGGAUGCUGCAGCUGUCAAGAAGCUUGCCCAGGCUUGCGAUGUCGUCACAGUCGAAAUUGAGCACGUGGAUACGCACAUGCUCGAGGAAGUCGCGGGCGAGGUCGCCGUUGAGCCGAGCUGGAAGACAUUGAGGACGAUCAAGGACAAGUACGCGCAGAAAGAGUAUCUGAAAGAGCAUGGCGUUGAUGUCGCGGAGAGUGAGGACCUGGAAGGCAAGGGUGUGGAGGGCUUGAAGGCUGUUGGUGAGCGCUUUGGCUACCCUUUUAUGCUCAAGAGCAAGACCGAGGCGUAUGACGGACGGGGUAAUUUCGUUGUUAAGACUGCAGACGAUGUUGAUGCGGCUAUCAAGGCAUUGGGCGACAGGCCAUUGUACGCGGAGCGCUGGGCCAACUUCAGGAUGGAGCUUGCCGUCAUGGUGGUCAAGACCAAAGAUGGCGUCCUCACAUUUCCCACCGUCGAGACGGUGCAUGAAGACUCCAUCUGCAAGCUCACCUACGCACCGCCAAGGAACGUGUCCAAAGCGACCACAGAGCGUGCCCAACAGCUCGCAAAGAAGGCCAUCGGCGCCUUCGAAGGAAAGGGCGUCUUCGGCCAUGCCCCCUCUCCCAGUACGAUGCCCACCUCCGCGCCAUCCUCGACAUCCCCAUCCCCUUCCGCCCUCCGCCUCCGCGAACCCUCCAUCAUGCUCAACAUCCUCGGCGGCAAGACCCCAGAUUCCCACAUCCAAGUCGCGCACAAGGCGUACGCCUCGCCAAACGCCUCCAUCCACCUCUACGGCAAAGGCGACGCCCGCCCAGGCCGCAAAAUGGGCCACAUCACCGUCACGGCGCCCUCGCUCGCCGAAGCAGAACGCGAGAUCCAGCCCCUCGUCGACUUCGUGGACAGCCAGAAGGGCAAGCCUCUUGGGCCGCGCACGGGUCCAACGACAGAAGCGCCCCUCGUCGCCGUCAUAAUGGGCUCCGACUCCGAUCUCCCCGUGCUGAAAGCCGGGCUGCAGAUCCUGGAAAAACUACAGGUUCCUUUCACGGUGCGGAUUACCUCCGCGCACCGCACGCCGGACUGGCUGCGCGAGUUUUCAAAGAAAGCGGCAGAUAGCGAGCUCCGCGUGAUCAUCGGUGCGGCGGGGGGCGCCGCCCAUUUACCUGGUAUGUGUGCGAGCUGGACGACGCUGCCUGUCAUUGGGCUGCCCGUUAAGGCGACGCACAUGGAUGGGUGGGACAGUCUCGUGAGCAUGACGCAGAUGCCGCGCGGCGAGCCGGUUGCUACGGUUGGGAUAAACAAUUCGACGAACGCGGCGUUGUUGGCGGUGAGGAUUCUUGGGGCGACUGACUUGGCUGUUAGAGAGAGGUUGAGGGUGUGGAUGGAGGGGAAUGAGAAGGAGGUGUUGAGGAAGGAUCGGGAGUUGCUGGAUCAGGGGUUUGAGAAGUAUUUGAAGGGGAUGGGCAAGUGGUGA